AUGCACACGCAAAAUUACUUGUUAGACACUCUAGAGUAUGUCAUUUCCUUCUUGCGACGCGCCGCGUCACGUUGGAAAAACUGUUCAACGUUUGUGCAACAGCGAGGCUUUCAUUCGUCCGCGGCGGUGCGCAAAAACCCCUAUGAAGUCUUGGGAGUUCAAAAGGACGCGUCGGCCAACGAUAUAAAAAAGGCGUACUUUCAGCUUGCCAAAAAGUAUCACCCCGACACGAACAAGGAUCCAGCAUCAAAGGAACGUUUUCUGGAGAUUCAGACUGCUUACGAGACCUUGAGCGAUGAAAGUAAACGAAAGGCAUACGAUACUUAUGGAGAAGCCUCUCAGCAACCAGGCUUUGGCGAGAACCCAUUUGCGGGUGCCCAAAAUCCGUUUACUGGUGGACCGUUUGACUUUGGAGGCGCACAUGGUGGUGCUGGAAGGACUAUGGGUGAUAUGCUGAACGACUUUUUUGGAAUGUCCGGUCGGCGAGGGGACGACCUCGAAACGUCUGUGACCAUUUCGUUUAUGGAAGCGGCUCGGGGAACAGUCAAGACGGUCAACAUUUCCGCGGUAGAAGAUUGUGGAACUUGCUCUGGUUCCGGGUUGAAGCAGGGUACAAGGCGGUCGCAAUGUCCUCGAUGCAAGGGCACCGGUCAACAGGCAUUUGUCCUCAACUCUGGCUUCCAGAUGAGAAGCGCAUGUCCAGCUUGUAACGGUUCUGGAUCGACAAUCCCGCGAGGAUCAGAAUGCAGGGACUGUGGAGGCGUUGGAAAAGUGAAACACAGGAAGCAGGUCGAAGUAAACGUUCCCGCAGGUAUGUAA